CCAAGGUAACGGAACCCGUAUACACAGACAUAGAUGAGAAUAUAGUUGAUAGAUAGAUAGAUAGAUAGAUAGAAAGAAAGAUAGAUAGAUAGAUACAACUUGACUGCAACACGUCAAUCACAGUUUGCUUGUAUGUUACAUCAAAAUAAGUAAAUCUAAUGCAUGUCAAUCAACUUUAAACUAAAUCAUUAAAAGCACCAGUGAGCAAUAUGUAGAUCCCUCCCUUUCCCAGUGUGUAGAGGAGAAGCUACAGUGGCCCUCGGGAACAUAAAAAUGGAAAAAAGCCCUCAUUAGAGCCAGUAUUUGUGAUGACUGUUCUGGGUUUACUGUAAAAACAUGGUGAUCCCCAACAGUGAUUAAAGCAAAAACAUCAUUUUUGGCAGAAAGAGUGUGUAAAGAUGCCAUCAGGUGAGGGAAAGAGUGACAUGGAGCGUCUGGGGGUCUUUAAAGAGAUGAGCUACAUCUCUGUCGGAGACAAAUACACGUCACCCACCAACCGUCCAUUCAAUGAAUCAGUCUAUCGUAGCCGGCAGAUUCAGGCGGGCAUCGCUAUCCAACACUGUGCUCUGCAAAGUGGUUUUUUCGAAAAGUCCUACAAACGGAUUUUUGAACGUGAAGCACUAAGUGACCCGCUGAGACUGGCCCGGCAGAACCGCAUCCAGCAGGCCAAGAAGAACCUGGGCAAGGCCUUUGUCCCCUAUAAUGGUGUCAAGAAGCUUUGUGGCUCAGGUAGUUACUAUGGGACUUUAUCAGGGCCAGUUGAAGCCAUGAGUCCUUUUACAGUUGUCCAGAAAGCCAAUCUCUCACCUGGACGCAACAUCAUCACCUCACCUCCCAAGAAAGGCAGUGGUUACAGCUAUCCCAACGUAACGCUGUCCAGAUUUGAGCUGUAUGCCUCAGACCCCUACGACAGAGCCAAAGAAGUACUGAAGAGGGAGGCCGCGAUCCAUCGCUCCAAGUUAAGAGAUGGUCCCUUCAAGCUCAACCUUCACCCCAGAGAUUAUUUCCAAGGGAAUCCAUACCACAGUAACAAGCCACUGAUGCCAGCACAGAAGCCCCUCCCACCUGCACAAAAUAUGUCUCCUGUCCCCUUCAAGCCCCCGUCCCCUGGCAAACGGAUUGGAGGGACAAAGGCGGGAACGUUUGACCCUUAUCCGUCACAUUCUGCUGAUCCAUUCAUCAUUCGCCGUUCCAAACAGACCAAUCAAGAGCCAAUCUUUCGCCCAGCUCCUGGUCCUAAGAGCACUCCUGUGAAGAGUAUCAUCACCAUGAAUGUUAACAGGACCGUACACUCUGCAAACUACACCUCCAGCUUCCCAGCUGUGAUGACACUCUGACUACAUUACUCACACUGCACCAACACUAGCUGUGUACUGAUUAUGUUUGUUUUACCAGCAGGGGCCAUAAGAGUCCCACAGAUAUGGUUUUAUUCCAAAAUGAAGGCGAUGCAGCCAUUACCAUCUUCAGUGUUUUAAACCAUGAAUCUGUUUUUCUUUCUCUGUUUCCUUUUCUUCAUAAUGUAUAACUGUAAUAUUCCAGAAAGAAUGUCACACAUACAGUAAUAAACAAGAGGUCAAGUAAAGGUUAGCACAAUUAUUAUAGUCCUCAGUUCAAAAAUAUUUACCAUGAUGAGUGUUUAUCGGUACAGCAUGUCUUAAGUUUUCUAAUAGACCUUCAUGAUGUUGCUUUGCAGGCUGCAAAGUGAACUGACUCAGAGUAUGACCAUACAUAUGGCAACUCUGGUUAUCACAACAAAUGCACAAUGGAACUUGUGUGAAAACCACUUUCAGAAAGCAGGCGGCAGCAGGAGAUAUGGGACCUUGGCUAUAGUAGAUAUACAACUUUAAGAUUGAUAUUUAUUGAGGAUAAAAAUAUUUUUUCUCUUUCACAUUGAAUGUCCUUAAGUAAAUAGCUGACCAUGGAAGACAAUUUCCGAAGAUUGCAUUGAUAAGUAUUUAACUAACUGAUCACUAUAUUAGGAACACCAUACUCCCUUUACCUUUUUAAUGGAUCCCACAAGAUGUUAGAAACGUUCCUUUUUGAUUUGUUCCAUGUUUACCUGACUGCAUUACAUCAUUUCUGCAAAUGUGUGUGUCAAGAAAACAUUCCUAACACCAUCACACCAUCAGCAGCAGCCUGGACUGUUCAACUAAGACAGGCUGAAUCCAUGGAAUCACACUAUUGAUUCCAGAUUGUGACUCCACCAUCUGCAGCCUCAGCAGAAAUCCAGCUUCAUCAGACCAGGCUACGUUUUUUCAGUCUUCAGCUGUGUCCACUGCAGCCUCAGUGUGUAUGAAAAUACCAGGAGAUCAGCAGUUUCAGAAACUCAACCAAGGCCAUCUGACACCAACAAUCAUGUCAGUCAAUCACAAAUGUGAGAUCACAUUUCUUACUGAUGUUUGAUGUGAACAUUAACUGCAUCUUCCUACCUGUCUCAAUAGGAUGUUAUACUGCACUGUUUAAUAAUGGUUGAAUAAUUGCAUCAAUAAAAUGGUGUAUAGAUUAA